AACCCACCGCCACAGGGGCAGGCGCACGCCGCCCAAAAACUCCCACAGCGCAGGCGGGCACGCGCACGCCGCUGUCUACGUCGUAGUGAACGAGACCGCGCUGCUCGGUCCAGGGGGCGUGGCUGUCGGUCAAAGGGCAGACUACUGAGGUAAGUAGACAGGGCUUCCAGAACCUUCGGUGGGGAGUUGACCCCUGUAUGUUCCUACCUGCCAGAACUAACUGAGAAGGUGGAAAGAGACUCUGGAGACUCUCCCGCGCCGGGCUUGUGCAAAGUGAAGAAAGAAUUCUACUGGAGGGAAUGGCUGCCUCCUCAUCCUCAUCUUCAGCUGGCGGAGUCAGUGGAAGUUCUGUCACUGGAUCUGGUUUCAGCGUUUCAGACCUUGCCCCACCUCGGAAAGCUCUGUUCACCUACCCCAAAGGAGCCGGAGAGAUGUUAGAAGAUGGCUCUGAGAGAUUCCUCUGUGAGUCGGUGUUCAGCUAUCAAGUGGCAUCCACACUUAAACAGGUGAAGCACGAUCAGCAAGUUGCUCGGAUGGAAAAGCUGGCUGGUUUGGUGGAAGAGCUGGAGGCCGACGAGUGGCGGUUUAAACCCAUUGAGCAGCUGCUGGGGUUCACACCAUCUUCGGGUUGAUAUUGCCUGCACAGUCGCCCCUGGGGCACAGCCCCCAGAUAUUGAGAGCUGUACCGUGAGCUGCAUGUCUGAA